AUGAGAGCCACGCUUGUGCCGCAGAAACACUCUUUACCAUGGAUUAUUUGUAUGGUUUUGAUCACAACUGCUGGAGAGAACAUUCCCUGCCCACAAGGCAGUCAGGUUCAUCUGACCAGCCUACGAUGCUAUUGGCUGUCAGAGAUGGCAGUGUCAUGGUUUGAAGCACAGGCUUCAUGCAGAACGACCCUUGGAGGGGACUUAGCAUCGGCUGACAGCCUGGAACUUCAAAGUUUCUUUCUCCAUGCCUUUCCAGUGAAAACCACUGUGUGGGUAUGGCUGCAGGACUCUGACCAGGAAGGGGUUGCACAGCCACAAAGUCCAAUAUGGUGGGACAAAGAUGAUGAUAGUCUAGGGGAGUGCACUCAGAUGGCACUGGGAACACUGGGAAGGUGGAGGAAGGCCCAGUGUGCAGGAGAAUACCGUUUCAUCUGUGAAAUGGAAGUAAAUGAGCCUUUACCAUCUGUAGACAGUUACCUCAUUGGAUUGGCUCUCAUGACCGGCAUAUAUGCAGAAACCAACGUACAGCUUCUUCCCAGUGUUCCAGACAUCGGACGGCACACAGUAGAGAUGCAGCUUUUCCCGGGCUUGUGGUUCAGCCAUGCAGGUCAGUUGUUAUCAGUGGAACUGGUGGUCCAGCCCAGUCCUGUGUCCUCUCUGGCUCGUGUCCAGAUACUUCGGCCCUACUGCAACCCUAACUACCACUUGGUACCUCCAGGCUGCAGCUCUCUCCUUAAUCCAUUCAGCUGCUGCUCAGCAGUACCUCUGUGUAACACUACAGGGGGCUGCAGCAUUGGGCAGUACUGGUGCCAUCUACUGGAAGCCUGCGUGCUCACCACCAGUCCAUGCAGUACCUAUGACUCUGCCAUCGGAAAUCGGGGCUUUGCUUUACCGCCAAGAUACUCCGACCAACCACCGUUCUACCACGUGGUGGCAGACGUGCCUCUGAAAAUUAACCCUACCUUCGAGCUGAACACCAUAAGGCUGCCCCUCUUAGAGCAAGCCAUCGUGGUUUACCCUGAUGAUAUUGUGGCUAUACAGCACACUCUUGACUCUGGAACAUUUCUACAUUGCCUAAACAGCGAAGCCUCACGAAACUCUCCCUGGCGCCAAAGUUACCUGUCCUUUAGGGGGAUGGAGUGGGGAGGCUGGUUGGAAGGAGUUACUUUACUGCCCCAAGGAAGCAAGUGGGUGGAUGGAGUUGUGUGCAAUCUAAGGAUGCUUUAUGUGGACACCCUUCACAGAGCUACGGAGCAUGAAGACAUCUUUGACUAUACUCAGACAGAGACAGCCACUGUCAGUGGUAAUAGGCCCCUUACUACAGGUCCUAAUCCCAGUCUUAGGUCUAAAUUCCAACUUGAGGUCAUUCACCCACUCCCAGAUGAUAAGAACCAGAUUCAUGUCCAAAUCAAUAUCCCAACUGUCAUUAUUCUCAAGGCCCUGUUUGGAGAAAAAGCCAGCAGCUCAUGGUCAGCCCCGGUGCUCCAGACUGGAGUUCCGUUUCUUCCAUCCUGUCCUGAAAAUAUGUUUCAGUCUUCACUUGGCUGUAGGAAGCAAUCCCAGGAUUCCUGGUUUUCAUCUGUGACUCUGGUCUUAUCAUCACCUGGAAUUCAGAUCCUGAACAUCAGUGUGAUGGACGUACAAAGCUUUCAGAGUUUGUGUGUGAAGGUUUGUGGCUACGAGCCUGUGAUGGGGCUUAGUGUUGAGCCACAUGGAUGCCUGAGGAUGCUUGUAGAUACAUCGCAGUCAUUUACAGCCACAGUGGAGAGCGGCUCUUCAGUAAAAUUCUCAUGGGUGAUUGACGACCUGAAAGAGUUUGCCUAUGAAGGGGAAUCUUACAGCGUAAUGUUCAAGAAACCUGCUGAGUAUAAGCUGCUGAGCCAGCAAAUCCUCCUGACUGCAGAUGAAAUCACGCUGCUAGCUGACCCAGAGUUCCUGUCAGUCAGUGAGGUUGUGACUAUGGAUGUUACUCACCUCUACACUGUGAGGGUCAGAGUUGAUAUCUCCCUUCCAGUUACCUUUAGAUGGGAUUUUGGGGAUGGUAGUAGCAGUGUUAUCCACACGCAGCCUGCUCCAUGUCAGUCCAUGAAAGCACAUGUGGCAAGAAGAGAGAAGCAAAUGUAUAUCCAGGACUCGGUAAACUACAGCUAUCGGAUCCCAGAGGACUACACACUUCACGUUCAAGUCUCCAAUCAAUAUGACAACACUGAAACAUCCAUGAAGAUAAAUGUCCGCCCUCAAUUAAUAAGCCUCUUCAUUUCCCCUUCCACUUUGGUACCUGUUGUCAACCAGACUUUCCAUCUGGAAGCUUACGAACCCUCCACUUUUGUUGUCUUCUACACAUGGGACUUUGGAGAUGGUUCUAAAGCUGUCCAAAGCAUCCACGCUAGAACUGGCCAUAGGUUUGGAUCUGCAGAAGUAUACAACAUCACAGUACUGGCUAAUAACACAGUUUCAUCCAUUAGUGCCUGGCAUUUGGUGGUAGUUAUGGAGAAAAUCUCUGGAUUAACUGUCUCCAGCAACAGAUCAAUUGAAGUUGGCUCUGCUACAGAUUUCAAAGCUGAGGUUUCCACUGGCACUGACCUCCUCUGGGAUUUUGACUUUGGUGAUGGGUCCCGGCAGGAGAAUCUUACGGAUGGUUCCAUCUCACACAUCUAUAAGUUUCCAGGGAACUAUACAGUAGAAGUGACUGUCUGUAAUUCUGUCAGCAAAGCUGUUCAGUCUAUCAUUGUUGAGGUCUAUGGUUUGACUAUUAGAGGUGUUCUCCCGACAGAAUGCAUCAUGAGUGGAAAAGACACGCAGUUUACAGCUCUGGUGAAUGGAAACAUAUCCAGUCUGACUUUCCAUUGGCUGUUUAAAGACUCAAAUGUAACUGUGAUAGGACAGGCCACAGCCAUGCAUAUAUUUCCAAGCCAUGGUAUUUUUCAUGUUAACCUGACUGUGUUUAGUUCUUUCACACGUACCUCAUUUAAUACGAGUAUCUGUGUUCAAAGUCCAAUAACGAAUGUUGUGAUGCAAUCCUCACAGAGUGUGGUGGCAGUUGGCGAACAAAUAUGCAUUAGUGUGUUAGUGUCCCCUGAACAGAUGAUGGGUUAUCAGUUCAAAUGGUUUAGUAACUCUUAUGAUCUUGCUGCUGUAACAGAAAACUCUGAGAGGUGUUUUGUCUUUAAAGAUGAAGGUGUUGAAGAGGUGACAGUAACAGCAAGUAACAAAGUCAGCAACAAAACAGCCAAAGUUAACAUUACCAUUCAAAAACCAGUGAGUGGACUUUCUAUUAGGCAUAAUAGCCAAAGUGAUGCACUGAUUGUCAAUACAGUAGCAUCAUUUUGGAUUGCCAGUUGUGCUGGCACCAAUGUGUCAGUGCUGUGGAACUUUGGAGAUGGGUCGCCAGCAGAGCAGAAACAUAAUGUCUCACAUGUCUUUACCUUGUUGGGUCAGUUCACAGUCACUGCAAUAGCAUUUAACGCUGUUAGCCGGGACUCUACAACCCUCACAGUGAAUGUAUUACUCCCUGUUUCAGACCUUUCACUUCACACCAGCCAGCCUUAUUCUGUGGUAGGAGAGGAAACUGUCAUCACAGCAGUUAGCAGUGCUGGAAUUAGCAGUGCCAGCUACUUUUGGACAGUAGAAGGCAUAUUUUUAACCAGUCAGGGAACUCAUGAGUUUAGAUUUGCUUUCCCGAGACCAGGAGUGUAUCGAGUAAGCGUUAUAGCACAGAAUCUAUUGAGUAAAAGAGAGGCAGAUAUUUUGAUUGAGGCAUUUGAAAGAAUAGAGGGACUUCAGAUUGAAUGUCAAAGCCUGAUAAAUGAGAAAUAUAUACCAACUCAUGAGGAAGUGUUGUUUACUACUUCAGUCACCAAAGGCUCCAACAUUACUUUCCAUUGGCUUGCCAGACAGAGUGAAACAACCCAACAAAUUGCAGGUGAAGGAGAACUUUUUCAUUUGUUACCUGGAACACUUGGUAAUCUUUCAGUUCAGCUUAGAGCCUUCAAUGUGUUGGGUGAGGUUACCAAGAGUGUUUCUUUAGUAGUAGUUGAACGUGUAAAAAAUGCAGUCAUAACAGUACAGUCAAAUUUUGUGGCAUGGAAGAAAGUAGUGAAUAUCUCUGUUUUUGUGGAUACCGGAUCAGACUUACAAUACCUUUGGCAUAUAAAUGCUAACCUUUUACCCCUUCAGACACAAGAACCUUUUCUGCUUUACACUUUUCCAAGUCUGGGUUCUUUUCUUGUCACAGUUGUAGUUUGGAACGCUGUUAGCCAGAGUAACAACACCAAACAGUUUUUGGUUCAGGAAGAAGUCCAAGAUGUAGGCUUUCAAAUUGACAACAACACACAUCCAUUUUAUGUCAAUGCAAGUGCUACUCUUUCCUUUUAUGGGUUUAUUCACAAGGGUAAUGAUCUGCAUUGGGACUGGAAAGCUAGAACUGCAAAACAAAACAUUUUUACCUCAACCAGUCAAACAUUUAGCUACAGAUUUCCACAUGCAGGCACCUACCAGGUGUAUCUGAAUGUUUCCAAUGAGAUAAGUUGGCAGAUGGUUUCACACGAUGUCACAGUCCAGGAUGCAAUCAAAGGUCUCGUGCUGGGCAAUAGCAAGUCCUCCUUCUGUAGUAACGAACAAGUAACAUUUAUUCCAACAAUCUCCAGAGGAAGUAAUGUAAGCUUUCUUAUAACUUUCCAAAACAAACAUUGGACUCAAAGUCAUGAUAUUUUUGAAGGCCAAUACACCACAUCAAGUCUUCCAGUCGGGAGACACAUAGUUACAGUUCAAGCUUUCAACCAGGUCAGUAGUGCAGAGGCGUCCUCUGGCAUUCUAAUCACUGAGCAAGUUCAAGGUUUGCAACUUGUAAACUGUUGUUCUAGUACUCUAGAAGCUCAGAAAGGAACCCAAUUCAAAGCAGAGGUUCAAAGUGGAUUUCCAGUCAACUACACCUGGAUGUUUCACUUGGAAAGGUCAAGGCCCACUUGGCUCAUGGGAAAAGAUGUCAUCUUUACUCCCUUGGAUAAUGGUUCAUUAUUUGUUAGUGUGUCAGCCAGCAAUGGACAAUGCUCUCAGACAGUAAACCUGACUGCUACAGUUGAGUGGCCUGUUAGGAAAGUAAAGCUUGUCUGUCGUUCAAAGAAAAUAUUUGUUGAACAUGCUGUCCGAUUUUCUGCAACAGUGGGCAAAGGAAGCAAUAUUAAAUAUGUGUGGGACUUUGGAGAGUCCAAGGAAUUAUUAGUGACAGAGUCAAAUGCUGUUAACCACACUUAUUAUAACACUGGCAAAUACAAAGUUAUGGUCACAGUUUUCAACAGUGUCAGCAAUGUGUCCUCACAGCUACACAUAGAGGUGGAGGAUCUUCAAUGUUCCAGCCCUCAGGCCUCCCUGGUUCAAAGCCAGUCUACUAUAUUCAGGUCUAGAACAAGUUUCUUUGAAGUAAGUGUGAAUAUUAAUUGCUCUUCUUACAAGACUCUCUAUUUGUGGGAGGUAUUCACCGAGUCAGACUGUACCUACGGCAACACUGAUAUUUCCGGAAACAAAGUCAUUCUCCAAAAUCUGGAGGAUGCAACGCUUUUUCUCUCAAUCCCAAAGCAUGCGCUUAAUGUAGGGAGCUACUGCCUGGUAUUCACACUUUCAUUCCAGGAAACUCCCAUCCUCCUCAAACUGAAGACUAACAUCACAGUGGUCCACUCACCAUUAGUAGCUUUCAUCAAGGGAGGCUCCCACAGAUUGUGGUCCAGCCUAAACAACCUUGUCCUUGAUGGAUCCAACUCUUAUGACCCUGAUAUUGAGCCAGGAGUAGAAGAUGCCCUUCAGUAUCACUGGACCUGCAUGACAGAGGUAACUGUCAGUGAAGCUCACUUACUUCCUGUGACUAUAGAAUGUGUAUCCUGUUCUGUUCACUCAUCUGCUAACCACAUCAGUUACAACACCCCUGUUGUCCUUUCUGGACAUUGUGGACAAUGUGAUGACCAGGCACAGUACAAAUGGAGAGCUCAUGAUCAAAGUGGUCUGUCCCUUGUCCUUGAUGAGGUCACCACUAAAGGGAAAUAUUCUCGCAGCUUGGUGGUGCGAUCAGGUAUCCUUCAGCCGGGACAGAGUUAUUACUUUGCCCUAGAUGUAGCCCAGCCUCACAGUGGGGAGCGGGGCAGUGCCAUCUUGAUGAUACAAACAAACAAUCCACCACAUGGCGGCCUGUGUGAUCUGAGUCCAGAGUCAGACAUACAACUACUGGAGACAAAGGUCACCUACAACUGUUCAGGAUGGCAAGAUGAUGAAAGCAGAGUCUCUCAGUUGAUCUAUACCUUCCAGGUGGCAUUAUGUCAACUCAUUAGCACUGUGUGCCCUGUGCUCACACUCUAUAGGGGCACACAGUCAACAUUCAGCACACUGGUCCCUGUGGGAAGUCCUGGACAACGAGAAACCGUGUCAGUUAUCAGAGUUAUUCUGCUUGUAGAGAACCAUCAAGGGGCAAAAGCUGUGGCUUUAAACAGAACACUGACAGUGGAAAAUCCUGCAGUCAAUGAAGCUGCCAGUCAGUGGCUGAAAAACAAGAGCCAGACUGAACUGUGGGGUUUGGUCCAACAUGGUAACCCUCAAGAAAUCAUCCCAUAUUCCAUUGCCCUCACCAGCAAGCUCAAUCAGAUGGACUUUGAAUGGACCACCGAGGGACUCAUGGAUAGGAGGGAGAUCCGCGAAAAUGUAACAGAAGCUCUCGCCUCUCUCCCAGUGUCCACCUUACUAGAUGUUGAUCAGAUCAGCGCGACACUGUCACAGUCUGUGUCUGUUCCCAGUGAGCUGGUACGUGAAACCUCUCAGAAGAAAGUUUUGGAAACUGUGGGGAAGAUGAUCCAUGUAAUAGAGAAAGAGACGGAUCCUGCCGUUUUGUCAGCUGCAGAUACAGGAAGAAACAUCCUUAAUGUCAUAGGUGGUACUCUGGCAGCUGCGUCUGAAUCAGCCAGUGGUUUUUACCCAGCCUACUCGGGAACUCUGCAGGGAACAUCAGUAAUCUCCCUGUCAGCACUGAGCUAUGCUGGAGCUCUAAUGCGCACACUGAUGCGUUCAUAUGUUUCUGGCGAGGUGCCUUUUUUGCUCUCCACCAACUAUAUCACCUCAGUGGGUUUCCAAGGAGACCCUUCUGAUCUCCUCUGCCAGUCAAACCAGAUAACAAGACAGUCGUCAUUUCCUGACAAAUCUAAGGCUUCUCAUCAUUGUCAGUUUACUAUGCCCUCGUCCCUGAUAGCUCGUCUGGAGAAUACAGAGUCUGAGGUGGUGCAGGUGUUGUUCGGUUUGGAAAAAAUACUGGAUGCCAACGCUUUACUGGAAGGAGCCAAUCCUCCAAUUUCCACCACUCUUGUGGCCAUGGAGCUCAGCACUCCUCAGGGUCAGCCCAUACCCAUUGUGGGUUUGGACCCUGAACAAGCCAUUCAGGUCUCCCUGCCAAAUAAGUACUCCUUGGAUCAUGGAAAUGAGGGAGUACGUGAAGAUGGGAAUGGGACAUGUCUUACUGUAACACUACCGACUAAAGGACAGCUGAACUUCACAGUAAAAGUUCCAGAUAGCCUGGAUGAAAAUGCAGGUUUAUAUAUCUCCUUCAAGUUCACCUUGGCUCCAGGAGCAACUCCACUGCCCGUAGGACAUGUCAAGAUUGAAGCGAGCUCUGCAGUGCCGAGGACUAAUGCAUCCCAGGAUUCCCUGGUGAGAGAGUGGGCUCUUACACUCUCUCAUCUGGCCAGCUCCUCGGAAGAAACCAUUUUUCUGUCUCCCCUCUCUCUGUGCCAGUACUACAAUGUGAAGGAGAGGCGUUGGAGCAGGGAAGGUCUUCGACCACUAGAGGGCAGCACACUCCACACAGCGCUCUGUCUCACCCAGCACCUCACCAUGUUUGGGGCCAGUUUGUUUGUUCAUCCAGGGGCUGUUGUUUUGCUACCACCUUCAGGAGAACCUGUGAGGAACAUGGUGGUAGGGAUUAUCUGUGCUGCCCUGGUUUUGAUUCACCUGCUGGUGGGGCUCAUUGCCCACAAGCUGGACCACUUAGACAGCCUGAGACUGAGUCAGGUUCCUCUGUGUGGGCGACCCGGGCUGUACCACUACAGAGUGCUGGUAAAGACUGGCUGGAGGCCCGGGGCAGGAACUACGGCGCACGCUGGCAUUAGUUUGUAUGGUGUGAAAAAGAGCGGCUCGCACCAUCUGCAGAGGGAUGGAGCUUUCCAGCGUGGCAGCCUGGACCAGUUUCAUGUGGAGACAGAUGACAACCUGGGAGAAGUCUGGAAAAUUCGCAUCUGGCAUGAUAACACAGGUUUGGACCCAUCAUGGUAUGUGCAACAUGUGGUGGUGUGGGACCCUCAGACAGACCACAUGUUCUUCUUCCUGUUAGACGAUUGGCUCUCUGUUGACAAUGAGACGAAUAGCACAGUGGAGAAGGAAGUACUUGCCUGUUGUCCAGAGGAGCUCACUCUAUUUAAAAGGGUGUUCACCUCCCAGCUGAUAUUUGGCAUGGUCGACCGCCACCUGUGGCUAUCCCUGUUGGAACGCCCCCCUCACAGCUGUUUCACGAGGGGACAGAGAGCUACCUGCAGUGCCCUUAUGCUGCAUCUCUACCUGGCAUUGGGGGCUCUGUGGUAUGGAGCUGUUGGCACUGUGGGGCACAGCGGACCCAUUUCAGCCCAUCUGGUGGCCAACGUGGAGACGGUUGCUGUGGGGAUGACUGUUGCUGUGCUGGUGUUUCCUCUCCAGUGUUUCCUCUGCUUCUUGUUUAGAAAAGCUCACAGUCGGGUAACCGUGGACAUGUCAGUCCCUCCCUCUCCUGUUUGUCACUCUGUGGAGAUGGACGUAUUCCUUGGCCAAUCGGAGUUCUCCUGCCCUACUUUUCUGUCUUUGCCAGAUUCCUCUGGCCGAGUCACUGACAGUCCUUCAUCCUUGCCGGAGAGUAAGGCCUUAGACUCCAGCAUCUUAGACUUCUGGGCUGCCUCGGGUUUGGCGCCCAAGAAGGACGAAGCACAUCAAGAAGAUGGCAUUGUAGCGUGGCCAUCAUGUGACAGCCUACUCAGUCUACCAGCGGGUUCAAGUCCCUCCAAGCCAACCUUAGCCCCUGACGCCUGCAAGGCUUCAUCUGCUCGUCAGCUAAAGCGGAAAAAGGCCUUGAUGCAGCUUCACUUGACGCCGCACAAAUCCCCAGAUAGGAACUCCAAUCGAGUCCAAGUUCACAGCCACAAUCUGACAACACUUCUUACUCUUUCCGAGGAGGAUUUACUAAUGUCUAUCGAAGCAGCAGAGGACACAGCAGAUGCUAAAAACAGCAACUCAGACAGUGGGCGGGAUUCUCCGAGAAACACAUCCUCAGUCUCAACCAUGCGGAGCACCUCCUGCAGCAGCUGGUCAGAGCACAGUGAGGAUAACUCCCAGUAUGGCACAGGACUCUAUAAGUGUCCAUCUGUAGACUCGAUGGCAAGCACCUUCCUGCCGAGCACUUCUCCUGACUCCACAUGUUCCUCCUACACGACACGCAUAGGUGUUGCUCGGAGUCAGCCAGGCCGGCUACUUCCUCGCUGGGCGCUGCGUGUCAUUUACCCUCUGCUUGCUGUGCUGCUUGGAGUGUGUCUGGCUGUGGUGGGACUCUAUGGAAGCUUCUUCUCCAGGACAGUAGUACUCAUGUGGCUUGUAUCAGCUCUUUCUGCCUUUCUCACCUCUGCUCUGCUGCUGGAACCUCUCAAGGUGUGUGUGCUGGCCUUGAUCUACACAGUCCUGUGGAGACCUGUGGAUCCAGAGGUGGAGGAGCAGCUGGCUCAGGAGGCCACUGUGGUGAGGCCGUUUGCAGAGCAGAGCGGGAAGGUCCGACCGCCAUGCGGCUACGGCCUGCUGCAGGCGAAAGAGGAGGCUCGCAAAGUCCGAGCACUGCAGUCACUUAUGAGGCACUGUGUGUGGCAGCUGUUAUUUCUGUUGCUGGUGCUGAUGGUGAACUACCAGGACGCAACGGAGCAGAGACAGGCCAGGCUUCUGCACUCCACCAUCAAACGACGUCUUCACGCGUCACCCUUGGGGUUUCCCAACCUCACCUCACUCAAAGAUUGGUUUGACACAGAGCUGUGGAUCAAUCACACCUUGGUGCCACAUCUCCACCAAAACCCCUCACUGCGACUUGUGGGCUUAACACAGCUGCAGUACACACAUGCGCUCGGUAGCCAGGUGGUUCACCUUCAGUCAAACAACAGUGGAACAAUACCCCAGCUUGUCACUGCCCCUCACAUGGCAGGGAAAAGCAGGAAACAGUUUGAAGCUCUUUCUAUAGAGUUCACUCAGUACCACAGAGAGUCUGCUUUAUUUCUGUGUGUGUGCAUAAAACUCAAGUGGACUCGGACACAAGCCAUCACAUCCUGUCUCUCUAUCCAUCCACUCCUCAUCCCUUUAUCCGUGUCAGGACUGGACCUUCAGACGGCACUCCCGAUUCUUCUGCUCAUCUCUGCUCUCCUGAUUGUGCUUGGGGAGCUGUGGUCUGUGGCCACUGAGCGUGCCCAGUAUCUGCAUCAAUGCCAUCACUGGUUCCAGCUGCUCCUUGCCUUCUUGUUGCUGACAACAGCUAUCCUGCAGCUCCGCUUCCUGUCUUGUGCGUCGUCAUGUGUUUCCCAGGUAAAGAAUAACAUUUUAAACAUACUCACUGCUGGGAACCUUACAGUUUGUGCAGAGGUGGGCUGUGAUAGGCAGAGUGUUGCACAGAGCCUGGAGGGAGCUGCUGCCUCUGGCUGUCCUACUACUGCUGCUGCUGCUGUUCUGCACUCACCUUGGGAAUGUGUAGAAGGUUUCCUGUCAGCACAAGAAACCAGCGUCUCAGUCUUGUCCUUUCUUCAUGGUCGGAAGGUCCUGCAAAGAAUCUGCCAGCUCCACCCCAUCCUGGGCCCUCUCUAUGGGCUGCUUCUCAUGGGAGGAGGUGUUUGGCUUUUGGCUAGACUCUGCGGAGCUGUUCUUAUCCAUAUUUACAGAGCAGAGCAGGCUGAGUUGUUUCAUCCAACCAUUAAACCUCAGGACUACGAAAUGGUGGAGUUCUUCAUCAAAAGGCUCAAGCUAUGGAUGGGACUCACUAAGGCUAAACAGUUCAGACACAGGGUGAAGUUCAAAGGCAUGGACAUCCCUCCUUCCAGAUUUUCACAGGAAUCUUGUCUGUCCACCCUGUCUUCUACCGUUUCUUAUUCUCGCUCCCGUUCUUUGUCCUCCACAUUCUCGUCCCCACGUUCUCUAUCCUCGGCUCUCUCCAAUAGGUCUGAGGACUCGUCAGUGUCUGAGCUUGGUUUUGAAGUCCAGCAGUACCUAGACAGUCUACUGCCCUGUGUUACUGCUCUGUUAUCUUGUUUUGAUCGGGUCAACCAGAUAAGUGAGGACAUUUACAACCUAGAAAUUAAACUGGAGGAGGUUCAGAUGAGGAGAAGGAAUACAUCGAUAAAUUAUGAGAAGAAAAGUGAAAGAAUCUUUGGAGAGUUAGGAAUAUCAACAGGCGCAGAUGAAGGAAGGAUAACAGGAGAAGUUACUCACAGGAAGACCAGUCUCCAUCAUCCCAAGCUACAAGUCUCCCUUCCAUCUACACUCGAGUCCUCUGUCCCUUCGGUGUACAUGUUUCCCAAUACAUAUAUCUCCUAUUCCGAGUUUGAGUCAGUAGCAGUUCAACCUCAGCCAGCUAGUGAUGUGUACUCUUCCGAAGUUGCCGCCCCUACACCUGCAAUCAGUGUAUUGUAUUCAAAAGCUCCUCAGUUUGAAAAGUUCCCCAGAAGAAGAGCAUGGCAUUCUGGGAGUUCUCAUUCAGCUGAUGCUGCUCAGAGGACAUUCCAGCUCUUGGAAGUUUGUCCAUGUAGAAAUGGAGAAGACAAUUCUGCUUUUAAUCCCAGACCCAAAAGUGAAGAAGGCUUAAAAAGAUCUAUCAGGGAUGGGAUUCCAGUAAAGAGGAAAGCUUGGAUCUCUGAAAGACCAGAGACUGAGUGAGAAACAUCACAAUGGAAGAAAAAUGUCUGUGCUGGAAAACAGAAUGACCGAAAUGAGGACAAGUUUUCACUGUUGUCCAUUUUUUUUAACAUCUUACUAUACUUUACAACAUUCCAUAACUCUAAGUGGUAAAAAAAGACACUGUGCUAUAGAUAUGUUGCUCUGCAGAUGAAUAAAGGCAUGACCAUUUGAUUUAGACAUUGCAAUAUGUUUGAAAUCCACCCCAGGAACAAGCAAAAGUCCCUCAGAUUAACACCAGGAGAUAGCAAUAUUAAACUAUAAACUAAGAAAAGGUGAAAUUUGAUUGGCAAGAAGCAGGAGCAGCAGAAGGUCAGCUACAUAAAAAAUUCCAAAUAACAAGGAACAGGAAAAUAGAAAACAUCCCUAAUUAACAGAAUGUUACAGUUUAGUUUGACUUUAUUCUCCACAUCUUUGAACAGAGAAAGUGUUCCCUCAUAACAUUAUGUGUGUACUUCUGUGUGUUUACUUUAAGUGUUAACAUAGCCUAGGACUAUUUUACAGACACAUGUUAUAUUGUUACUUAACCAAAGGAAAAGAGAUUAAUUUAAGGAACAACACAUUCCAACACAUUCUGACACUUAAGUGCUGGAGUGACAAACCUGGACAGUGGGGGCAACAAGUCAUUGUUCUUCCAGCACUGGUUCCAAGGCUGGAUAAAUGGGGAUAGUUCCAUUAGGAAGGGCAUCUGGCAUAAAAUCUUAGUCAAACCAAACUUAUAAACUCUGGUUCAUGAAGAAUAAGAUUUCCAUACCAGAUUGGUUGGGGCCAGGUUAACAAUGACCGCCUCUGAUACUGUUGGCCAUGAGUGUGCUGGUUAAAGACAAAGUGUUAAGAGAUUUUUACUUGUUUUACUAUACUUUUAUAAAGCCUAUGUUUUACAUCUUUAGCACGCAUAUUGCUGCAGUGGAAAAUAACCACUCUUGUAUAACUGCUUGUGAAACCAGUGUUUCAACUACUUUUUAGAGAAAAACAGGAAAACGCCUAAGGAACUUGAAGCUAGAAGAUUAUGCCAUAUUCACGAGGACGAAGACGUGCAGAAGAGUUGUCGAAAGGGAAAGCACGCCUUUGCCCUUGUCAGAGUUAUGAAACUAUACAUUGUGUAAACGAGUGUAUAAAUAAAGAAGGCAGACUACA